AUGGUCAUGGAUUAUGCCCAAUUUGGCGAUGUAGUUACAUUUGAUACUACCUACAAGUUAAAUAAAGAGCAUAGGCCAUUUGCAUCUUUUGUGGGAUUUAAUUACCAUAGAGAAACAGUUGUCUUUGGUGCUGCGUUGUCAUAUGAUGAGACUGCCGAAACAUUUGUAUGGUUAUUUCAAACUUUUUUAGAGGCUAUGUCCAAAAAGGCACCAAAAACUUUGUUUACCGAUCAAGAUGCUGCAAUGGCUAAGGCCAUACCCAUUGUCAUGCCUGACACGAGUCACCGUUUGUGCACUUGGCACUUGAUGCAAAAUGCAUUAAGGCAUGGUAAUUAUCUCUUUCAAGAUAAGGGGGUGAAAGGUGUAUUAAAUAGAUUCAUGUUUGAUAUUGAGGAUGAAAAUGAAUGGGAAAUGAAGUGGGGGGAAAUGCUUGAUACAUAUGAUGCUCAUGACAACCAUUGGUUGAAGUUGAUUUUUGGGGUGAAGGAAAAAUGGGGCUGGCCAUAUGUUAGAUCAACAUGGGCUGCGGGAAUGAGUACAACACAACUUAGUGAAUCUUUUAAUGCAUGUUUGAAGGAUUACAUUCGUUCUGAUUUUAAUUUAAAUGAAUUCUUCAUGCAUUUUGAAAGGGUACUUUGUGAGAAGCGGUACAAGGAGUUAGAAGCUGGAUAUGCUUUAUGCCAAAGGUUGCCAAGGGUGCGAGCGCCAUUCAUAAUGUUGAGUCAAAUGGGUAAUGUGUACACUAAAAAUAUUUUUGAGGAGUUUCAAGAUGAGUAUUUUAUUUCUGUUGAAUCAGACAUACAAGCAAUUGAAUACAUUGAUGGUUGUAGCCUAUACACAGUUGUUGAUGCUAUUGGGAAAAAUGCAAGGAAAGUGAAAAUGGAGAUGGAUGGCUCUUUGGCUUGUAGUUGUUCAAAGUUUGAAAGGAAAGAGAUUUUGUGUAGUCACUGUUUGAAGGUUAUGAGAGAAAUAUUGAAUUUGAAAGAGAUUCCUUCACAAUACAUUAUGAAGAGGUGGACCAAACAAGCAAGAGGAGAAGCUGUGACGAACAAGUUAGGGAAUGAGAUUCAAGUAGACGUCAAAUUCAAACAAGCCUCACGGUAUAAGACAUUGAUGACCGCAUUUAGAUCAAUAGCAUGUAGAGCUGCUGAAACUGAGGAAAGUUAUGAUUUUUGUUGUUCACAAGUAGCUGCAUUAGGUGCACAUGUUGAAAGCAAGAUAAGUGCACAUUUUUGUCCUGAAAAAGAAGAUUGA